AUGGAUGGCAUUUCACUUAAUGAUAGCUUGACUCAUAGCCUUAAUUUGCCUCCGUGUGACAUAGAUGUGUUCAGUGGUGACUUUCUUUCGUGGCCCACUUUUAGGGAUUUCUUCUCAGCUGUCUAUAUUAACAAUUCUCGCUUGAGCGAAAUUGAAAAAUUGUGCCACCUUCUUAAGAAAACGAGUGGCGAAGCUCGAGAUAUAGUCUCUAAGUUCCCAUUGAUGCAUAAAAGUUUCAAUUUAGCCUGGAAAGCUUUGAAAGAAGCAUAUGAUAAUGUGCGUAUUUUGGUAAAUAAUCAACUAAAAGUUCUAUUCGAUCUUCCAGUUCUUGAAAAUGAGUCAAGUUCAGGUUUGAAAAAUUUGCAGCGUGGAAUUAAUAGUUGUGUUUCCGCUAUGGUUAUUUAUGACGUGCCAACCGACGGUUGGGAUCCAAUUUUGGUAUUUUUGUGUCUGCAAAGACUCCCCCAACAAACAGUUACACUGUGGGAACAAAGCGUCAAGAAUAAGUCAGCGCUAUCAUCUUGGAAUGAUCUGAACAAUUUUCUUUCGGAAAGAGUUCAGACAUUAACUUGCCUGAGAGAUAUCAAAGGUAUAGCUGAUUCCAAGAAGGUUGAUAAUAAAAAGGUUCGGGCACAUUUUACAAAUGCUGCCAGUUCUCGUUCUACUAAUUCUGCCAAUUCAAAUCGUUCGUCUCCUGAAAAAACUUGCGUGUUAUGUCCAUCGCAGUCUCAUCAUUUAAGAUCAUGUCCCGAGUUCAGAAAUCGUUCUCUUUCAGAUCGUUUAUCUAUAGUUAAACGUCAUCAUUGUUGCAUUAAUUGCCUCUCCAGGGGUCAUGAUGUAAAAAAUUGUAGCAGCACUCAUAGUUGUGCUAAGUGUAAUCGAAGACAUCACACUUUGCUACACCGGGAAGCUUUUCAAGUUUCCAGAUCUGCAAAUAAUGUACCACCAUCCUCUCACGGCCCGUCCGGUUCUGCUCCUGCUCCUCGUCUACCAGAAACUGCCAAUUUUAACCCGAAUCUUCCAUCUACGUCUUCUGGCCAACAAUCUAGUUCCGUAAAUAGACAGGUGUUUCAUACGUCACAAAAUAGGACGGUUCUCUUGGGCACAGCUAUGGUGAAUAUUGUUCACCAGGGUAUGACGUAUCCAGCUCGCGCCUUAAUUGAUCCUGCUUCUGAAGCAUCCUUUAUUUCUGCUAGAUUACAACAGCGUUUGGGUAUUUCUACAACUUCCACUCAAGCAACUGUUUCAGGUGUUAAUCAAACUGUUUCAACAUUGUCGAGGAAACUGUGUUCUUUUGGUAUUUCUUCAUCCAUAGAUAGUUCAGUACUUAUGAAAAUUACAGCGUUGGUAGUUCCUACCAUCUCUGGAAAUCUUCCAUCCUUUGUGGUUAGUACUGAAUUUUCUUCCAGGUUGCCAAAUCUACGUUUGGCUGACACCCAAUUAUUCGACUGUAGACCAGUUGAUAUGUUAUUAGGUGCUGAUAUUUAUCCUAAAAUUCUCUUACAGGGAAUGCAAUCUAAUAUUAUGGGUUCUUUAAUUGCGCAAAAUACUGUGUUCGGCUGGAUCAUUACUGGUCCCAUUUCUUCUAGCAACAUCAGAGUAUUUUCUACUAAUGUAGCAUAUUCUGAAGAAGAUGCUCUUAACAAGACACUUCUUCGAUUUUGGGAACUGGAAGAAGUUCCAAAGCGCUCAAUCUUGUCUCCUGCCGAAAAAUACUCAAUACAUUUAGAAGCUGCCUCUGAUUUGUCGACGACAACAUUUCUAGCAGCAUUUCACAGGUUCAUUUCGCGACGCGGAUGUCCUAAGACUGUCUUUUCUGACAAUGGCACCAAUUUCGUUGGUGCUUCUCGAGAAUUUGAGCGUGAAUUCAAAUCACUUGUUCAUGAAAGUCGCGAUCGGCGCGAUAUACAAACGGACGAUUUAGUAGUAAUUCGACAAGAACAAUUAUCUCCAACAUCCUGGAAAUUAGGUCGGGUCAUCAAUGUUUUUCCCGGUACAGACGGUCGCGUUCGUGUCGCCGACGUAAAAACUGAAAAUGGCAUUGUGCGGCGUCCGGUGGUUAAGCUGGUCGCUUUGACCAAUUAG